CGUAAUCAUCGCCGCCUGCCACAGUCACUAACUUCUGUUCACGCGUCCCGCCACCUUCACUUGUCGUCGACACAUGGCUCCAGCACAUAUUAUACAAUAGCCCUUCUCUCUCCGCGCUCGGCACCUCCUCCAUCCACCUCAUCAUCGAUUCGACAUCAACCGCCGACGCUCGUCUCGCGAAGCACGCAACAUACCAGCACACACCACCUCCAUCAUGAUACUCCGCUUCCAGUCCCGCGAUGGCAACUUUCGCCUCAAUGUCCAGCCUGACCAAGACAUCGCCUCCAUCCUUCCCGAGGUCCUCGCCAAGUUGCCAAAGACUGCGGUGCCUUCCUCGAUACAAAUCUCGCCCAAACCACAUGGAGGAGAAAUGCGGCCGUUGGAGAAGAUGAAGGGCGUGACGUUCAGCCGAAUAGGACUCGUCGAGAACGGCACCAUGAUCUAUCUCUCCUUCGACGACGAGGUGGCUGCGACAUCGAACGGUCAUCACGCUGCUGCUAGCAAACUGAGCGGGAAAGAGGUGACGCAGAAAGAGCUCGAAUCUGUUGCAAUCAAUGUGGCACCGGCACUUAUCAAGAAUCCAUGGGAGACAGUCAAGCAGUCAGAGCUCGACGAUCGAUUAGACAAGCUGGAUGGAAAGAUUCAUCGAAAAAAGGAUCCGAAGAUGUGCAGACACAACGCUCACGGCAUGUGCGAUUACUGUCAACCCGUGGAGCCGUACGACAAGGGAUAUCUGGAAGAGAAUAAGAUCAAGCACAUGUCAUUCCACGCAUACCUUCGACAGAAGAACCAGGGCAAGAACAAACCCGAGUCGGGCAGUUCGUAUAUGCCGCCGCUGUCAGAACCAUACUUUCGCGUAAACCCGAAUUGCCCGUCAGGCCACAAGCCUUUUCCUGCAGGCAUCUGCAGCAAAUGUCAGCCUUCCGCCAUUUCGUUGCAACCACAACCCUACCGCAUGGUGGACCACGUCGAGUUCCAGGACUUUGCGAUCGUCAAUCGAUUCCUAGAUUUCUGGAGAAGAGGCGGCGCACAGCGAAUCGGUUUCAUGUAUGGACGAUACGAGCAGUACGACAUGGUGCCACUUGGCACAAAGGCCGUCGUGGAGGCCAUCUACGAACCGCCGCAGAUUGAUGAGCCGGACGGCGUGACCAUGGCAGAGUGGGAGAACGAGGAGGCCAUUGACAAGCUUGCAGAGCUCAGCGGGCUCCAGCGAGUCGGCGUGAUCUUCACUGACCUUCUAGCCCCACCCAAUCCGGAUCAGGGCACAGCAGUGUGCAAGCGACACGCGGAUUCCUAUUUCCUCUCCUCUCUCGAAGUGUGCUUUGCUGCGCGAUACCAGGCGAAGUAUCCUCGGCCUUCGAAGUGGAGCGAAACAGGCAAAUUCGGCAGCAAUUUCGUGACGUGCGUAAUCUCGGGUGACACCGAUGGACAGAUCGGAAUCUCCGCCUACAUGGCCUCGAAUGAUGCCGUCGAAAUGGAGCGAGCACAGAUCAUCGAGCCUUCUGCCGACCCUGCGGUCAUGCUUGUCCAGGACGAAGAGGAGGUCGACCGGCUCGGGCAGCAGCGCUAUAUCCCCGAGGUGUUCUAUCGCAAGAUCAACGAGUACGGUGCGAACGUGCAGGAGAAUGCGAAGCCCUCAUUUCCCGUGGAGUAUCUCUUUGUGACAUUGACCCAUGGAUUCCCGGAUGACCCUACGCCACUGUUCGCGACGAAUGAGUUUACAAUAGAGAAUCGAGACGCCUUGGGUGAGCUGCAAGAGCCUAGAGAUCUGCAGAAACAGCUCAAGGCGGGAGCGAACAGAGUUGCGCUCGAUACGCCGCAGGGUGUGGUAGUUGUUUCCGACUUCCAUGCCUUGACCUACAUUCUCAGUCUCGGCAUUCUCAGCGAGGACGAAAUGAAACUGCUCUGCCAGGUCGCCAUUAAGAAAGACGCCGCGCUCGGUGCCACACUUAUGCACACUCCAGGUUGGGCGACCCUCCAGACGAUCCUGCAGAUGUAGAAUUGUUAUGCACUUGCACCUCCCUUGCACUUGUAUAACUAUCUGCCCAUACUCGCAUCCAUCGUCGCCAAGAUCAUUGGUAUCUUGGAUAGUACUAAUCUUCUUCUUCUGGAUCUAGGCUGGCUCACUCUACUGGCCAUCUUGGACGAACACGGCGUAAGACCUGCAAAGAGGGGCACAGUUGCAGACUUCUCAUCUGAAUUGAGCAAGAAGAUUAAGGGUAUGAGCAUGAAUGGAAGACGGCUAUGAACGAGAGUAUGACGCACCUGCGAGACGCUAUCUUGCAGCUCUUGUACAUUUUGAAUCGGCGGACAUGAGCUACGAUGUGCAC